UUUUUUUUGAAAAAAAGGAAGGGAAUGCGUCCAUUCUACGGCGGCGGCGGGUCUUUCGGAGAUUCUGGACGAAUGGAGCGCUCCGGAGAAGAAGUCCCCUCGCCAUUCGGUUCUUCGUUUGGGCUUUGGGGUGGUGACUCCUUCGGUUCAGGUAAUGUUGCCAGACCGGCAUCGGUUCAGGUCCUGAACCGGACGGAACUCGCUUCACUCCAGAUGUCCACCAUGUGGUGGUGACCCGAUCGCAACGAGAAGCUCCCCAGUUCCUCCGUUUCCCGUCUCCUCUCGCUUCUUGCCUUCUUCCUCCGCUUUGACCUCGCUCCCCGAUCGGCUUCAAACAAGGAUGCCGAUGAGGAGAUUGAUGGAGGUGGAGCCGCCGGAGCCGCCGAGGUAUCUGAUCGGCGCGGCGAUCAUGAUGGUCGGAGUGGUGCUCCCGCUGGGGUAUAUGAUGUUCCACAACAAGCGCGUCCCCUCCUCAUCUUCCUUCUCCAAGCAGACGUAGGAAUAAAGGACUGAUCUAGAGAUACCAAAUGGGCUAUAUUCUUCUGCCCAUUUAUGGCUCUAUUCUUUUUCCUAUUUAUCUUGAAGAAUUGGAGGAGAGGGGAAGGAGUGAGAGCAAGCUGGUAAACUGGAUGAGGCCGCUUUAUUUUAUUUUUUGCUCGAUGUAUCCUUGUGUCCACUAGAUGGUUGAUGUAGUUUCUAUGCGGUGUGUUGUGAGAGUUGCAUAGUCUUCUAGCAUGACACAUUUGCUUACCUAUUUUAGGUGUCAUUCAGUAAUGAAUGUUGCUUUACUUUGAUUGCUUUUGACAUGAAAAUGCUUGAUUAGCCA